UCUCUCUAUUUUAUCUCACGGCUCCAAGAUUAUAAAAGCAUAAAAUAUUGCUGAAUAGCUUGGUUCUUCACCGCCGUGCUUAAUUGUAGCUACUUACUCGUCUACGUUAAAUUCAUCAAAGCCAAACAAAUGCAUUUAUUGUUAACUGCGAUAUGUUUUUCCUUUGGUUUGAUCCAACAUUCAGUAGCCCAGAACUUUCACGUAAUCGAUACGAAGAUAGCAGCUGGAACAUAUGACAAAAGAAUUCGUCCCAGACUUCACGAGGACACAGUUCGCGUUACAACACAAAUUUACCUAUUGUAUCUUGGUCCAGUGAACGAAAAAACUUUUACGUACGAGAUGGGAUAUUAUCAUCGUUCAUGGUGGAAUGAUCCUAGAUUAGAAUUUAACACCUCAAUUGGAAGCAUCACUUACACAAAACCACCAGCUGAUUUCAUCUGGAUUCCUGAUGGUGCUGUAACUAACGCGAAGAAGAUUGAACGCUUCGACACUUCUGUGCGUACCGUAAUAAGUCCCAAUGGAGAUGUUUAUGUUUCCCAAAGGAUGAAAGCAAUUUGUUCAUGCCCAAUGGAUCUUAAAGAAUUCCCCAUGGAUACGCAAAAAUGUCCUUUCAGGAUGGAAAGCUUCAGUUACAAGUCAAAAGAUAUGGAACUUUUAUGGCAUGAAACUCCAAUUAUCAAAGAAAACGCUGAUCUUGAAGGAUAUGUGCUUGAAAAUAUCGAAUUUACAAGUUCUUUGAAAAGUUACUUUAUAAAUAAUGUUACAGAGAAUUACAACAAUUUACUGCUAACAUUUGUCGUGCACAGAACGUUCGCGUUUUAUUUUUAUCGUAUGUACGCUCCCACUGUUGUGCUGAUGGUGUUCAACUUUGGUUCCUUCUGGAUCCCACCAUCUGCUGUUCCAGCUCGUGUAGCACUCAUUGUCACUACUUUAUUGAUCAAUGUUGUCAUACUGCAAAGUGUUACGGAGCAGAUUGUGAAAGUUGAAUAUGUAACAGCUAUGCAGUUGUUUUUGUUGAUCAACAUUUUGUUUGUGUUGCUUGCUGUUGUGGAGUAUUUAGUUGUACUGGCUUUAGAGAUAAGAAAAACUCAAACUCAGCAAAAAUCAACAGAGGAGGAGAGCAAAAAAUCAGGCAUUGUAAACAAAACAUUCAAGCCAAAUGUCGAAAACGGAAACACAAUAAAUGUACAACCAAUCCAAGAAAAAAAAAUUCCGAAAAAUUUGGAAUCAGGACGCUUCAAUGCACAAAAUAUUGAUCGUUGGUCUCGAUUAAUCCAUCCACUGCUUUACUGCGUAUUUUGUGCAGUAUAUUUUGGCUAUUACAAAAGAUAAACAAGACAAUUUGAGUAUUACGAGGGCUGAGGUUCCCAGAAUAAAAACAAUGACUUUUUAUUUGUCGCAAGCCAAUUUUAUACCUGUAGUUAAUUAAUAGUGUUUCAUUUUCUGUCACCGUUAUUGGUAUGAAUAUUUUUUACUGGAAA